AUGGACGAUCCGGGCUGGUCAUGGCCGGCUUGGAAAUUCGGCAUGAAGAGGGAUGACCUCUUUACCAAUCUCCACGAUCAAUACAACACCUUUACCUUUAACCUUCAAGACCCCGAAGCCUUCCAUCACGACGUUUACGAAAUUUCCCGCGAUGCCGAUACUGCCGAUGAGUUCCACCGCCUGAUGGCGGAGCGAAAGCAACAGCGAAUUUACGAGUUGCAUGAAUCUCUCGAAUCUCUCGCCGUUGAAAUCAUCGCCAACCCCAAGUUGAUGGAUUCCGACCAUUGGCAGUACGCCCUCCAACUCUUCCGCACUAAAUCUUUUGACUCCAUUGUCCGCUAUUUUGCAAGCUACCUCCCCGAUAACUAUCUUGAUCGUCAUGAUCGUGAAGAUCAUGACCACGACACUAUUUCUAUUGCUUCUGAAUCCUCAUUCUCCGAGACCAACAGCGUCAAGACAGAGAGCACCACGGCCAGCAGCGUCGGCGAUGCCUCAAGUUUCUUUGACGAUGAACAUGUCUUGACGAAGACCCCUCUCUCGAUACAUACCGACAUUCGAUCAUCCUCUGUCGUCCAGGCGCCCCUGUCGCCCCCCCAUUCUGAGGCUGCGCACGGUAGUGAAUCUUCUGCUUCUUCUCCAACUUGUUUGGAGUCGCACGAAUAUCCUUCCAACCCUCCCUCACGCUCCAUGUCGUUUUCUGGGUCAGAUUCUGGCUCCUUUGUACCCGAUUUAACUCGAUCACUUGUUCAUGACGAUGAUGAGACCUCGCAAUUUGACGAUGGUGACAAGACUGUCACCUCUGAUUCUGAUUGUGCAGAGAGCCAGUCGUCACUGGAUAUGAUGGAUAAUGGGGAACAAUCUCACGACUUGUCUGCGGACGACCUGGAGGAUGAUGAUGACGAUUUUCCUACUGCUCAAUUUCCUGAAGAUGCUAGCGACGCUUUCGAUUUCUGUAACGAUACCCCGGAGUCCGAUGACACUCCAACUCCUCGACAGGAGACUAUCGCGUCUUACUACAUUGAGUACAAAUCCGUUGCGGCAUGGAGAAUACCGUCUCCUCGUCGUUCAACUUCCCCCUCGCCAAAGAGCCACACCUACCGCCGAGAAAGUUCAGUUCUGAAGGACAUACGCCGGAGUCCUGAGGAAUCACUGAGCAAGAUUCAAAAACCUAUGCAUGAUUGCCAAAGGAAACGGCCGGUGAUAAGGAGACGGCUGGACUAG